AUGCCCAAGUGCAGAAACGACGGUGUCUGCAUCGAUGCUGCCAGGUAUGCUGCUGCUGCUGCUGCUGCUGCUAGUGCUGCUGCUGCUGCUAGUGCUGCUGCUGCUGCUAAUGGUAAUGCUGCUGCUGCUAAUGCUGCUAGGGCUGCUGCUGCUAAUGCUGCUAGGGCUGCUGCAAAUGCUAAUACUGCUGCUGCUGCUGCUGCUGCUGCUGCUGCUAAUGGUAAUGCUGCUGGUGCUAAUGCUGCUAGGGCUGCUGCUGCUAAUGCUGCUAGGGCUGCUGCAAAUGCUAAUACUGCUGCUGCUGCUAGUGCUGCUGCAAAUGCUAAUGCUGCUGAUGCUGCUGCUGCUAGUGCUGCUGCUGCUGAUGCUGCUAGGGCUGCUGCAAAUUCUAAUGCUGCUGCUGCUGCUAGUGCUGCUGCGGCUGCUAAUGCUGUUGCUGCUGCUAGUGCUGCUGCUAAUGCUGCCACUGAUAAUGUUGCUAGUGCUAAUGCUGCUGCUGCUGAUGCUGCUGCUUUUGCUGCUGAGGCGUCGUUGGGUUGUUGUGUCUACCGUCACGAGCAGCAAAACGAAGCAGCAGAAGAUUUAGUGGUGGAUGAUGCCUGCCGUUUGCUGUGCAGCAGCGGGAGCAGCAACUACGCGCAGCAGCAGCAGCAGCAGCAGCAGCAGGAGUGUCUCCAUUACUUCUUUGGCUUCUGCAAGCAGGGCCCCCGCUGCAGAAGGAGACACACUCAGCUCAGCAAACAUCAUCUCCCGGCCUUCUGCCCUGACUGGUUCUUAGACAGCGUCAUCGCAAACUUCAAAGAUGUGUUCCCUGAGAGGAUUGACCCUCUGACUGAGGCUGCGCUGGAGAAGGUGGCAGCCCAAGUGCGGCAGCUGCAGCAGAAGCAUCAGCAGCAGCAGCAGCAGCAGCAGCAGCAGCUGCAUCAACAGGGUUCUCCGCGUAGCUCUGACCACUCCAGCAGCAGCAGCAGCAACAGCAGCAGCAACAGCAUGAGCAGCAGCAGCAGCAGCAGCAGCAGCAGCAGCAGUAACGGGGAGGGUUUGUACGUGCCUUUGCUGGUGGAUGCUUGGGGGCUGAAGUUGGGCCCUAAUUUUCGGGUUUGUUGGUUGAAGCAAUCGAAGUUAGAGUUUGAAGAAGUCGGCAAAAUAACAAAUCCAUGGAACGACGAUUUACCUCUGAAAAAGAGCAGAGACGGAACUGAGCUGCCACCGGCCCUAGGGGCUCUCCUUUGCUCCAAGUUGCAUGCAAAGCCUUCGGAGACGUUUCUAGAUGGGACGUUUGUUGAGGGUCAUGGGCAGCCAAUUGACCACCGCGUUUUCUUCAAACAACUUAAAGCAAAAGGAGAAUUAGAAGAUGAUGUUUCGGGUCUUCUUCCUAGCAGCAAACAGCAGCAGCAGCAGCAGCAGCAGCAUAUGCUGCAGCAGCAGCAGCAGCAAAGCCAUGAGGCUAAUUGGAUGCAGCAGCGAGACUGGAACUCCCACGUACAGGAGAGGCAGCAACGCGCUGCACUUUGA